AUGUCCCUUCCUUUGGUCUACGAUUCUGCCUCGAAGAAAGUGUCGCUGGCGGAAGACACGUAUGCCGCGGCGUACGGAGACCUGCAGCUGGAGAUUGCCCAGCUGAACACGCUGAUCAAGGACUACGUCAAUGCAAACGUUGACGUUCCUCCACUGCCUACAAGAGAAAACUACACCAAGAACCUGAGCAUGAUGAUCAAAAAAAUGCACGAGAGCGCGGCCGCGUCGAUGAGGACGAAGAAGUACGCGGACGCCGCCAAGCAGUUCGGCGUUGCGCUCGGCCUGGCCGCUGCAAGACCGAAAUUCGAAAACUUCCAAAUGACGGUCAGCGAGGUGCUGAUCUGUCUCGUUGGCCGGUGCGACGCCAACAUGAUGCUCGAAAACUGGCUCGACGCGUACGUGGACGCCGAGCUGCUGUGCCAGCUGGCCGCCAACAUCCCGGAAAACCAUCUCCGAAAGGGUGUUUGCCAGAUGAAGCUGGGCAACCUGCUUGCUGCCAAGUCCGACCUCGAAAGGGGCCUGUGUUUUAACCCCUCGCACUCCAAGCUGGCCGAGGAGCUCAAGAACGUGCAGCGUUUGAUCGACGAGGAGAACGGCGAGCUGUGA